AUGUCCAAUCAAGACUCUAGCAAGAAGUCCGCUUGUUGGACCUGCCGGCUCCGCCAUAAGCGGUGCGAUGAGCAGUGGCCCAUUUGCACACCAUGCUCCGAGUUGGAAAUCACGUGCCACUUCACCCAAGAACGUCCGGCCUGGAUGGACAACGGUCUCAAACAGCAACAAGUUUCCCAGCAGCUGAAGACCGAGGUCGCACAAAGCGCAAAGCGGCGUCGAGGGCUUGCCAAGAUGGGGCAUAUCGCUGCCGGCAUUGCGGGUAUAUCAAGCCCGGCGCAACUCUUCACUUCGCCGCCAUCACGGGAUGAUGCUCAUGGCGGAAACUUGACCCAGCAUCGUCCUCCUAUAGGGCCGGCACCAGAGGGCCGAGACAAUCAAUGCAGCAGAGAAUUCAACAAUCCUCCAACCUCCUCUGAUAUGCAUUCCUAUGGAGGACCCCCAGCACAAGGCCGUCACAAUGUCAUCGAUUUACAAAACCCGAGAGAGUUCAGUGGAGCUGAGUUAUCCGUGAUGCACAUAGGUUUCAUCAUGACGUACAUAGACUACGUGUUUCCUCUCUUAUAUCCCUUGUACCGGCCUUCGGUGUUGGAAGGUGGGCGAUCAUGGGUCCUUGCACUGGCAAUGCCAAGCCAGAGUUUUUCCAACUCUAUCAUCAGCCUCUCUUCAUACUUUUUCUCUGUCAUCCCAGUAGAGCACGGUCCCGGGCACCGCGAAUGUACUUCGACGGCAUGGGACAUGGUUCGCGAACAAUCCACUCAAGCCCUGAGCCAGGUUCGAAAGGAUAUCCAGAGUCUUGUUCCUGACAGGAUUGGUAGCUCCUUAUCAGACAACCUCACGCUCCUGGCAACAAUUGUCCAGCUUCUCAUUUUUGACGUCCAAGUCCCGACCUCCACCAAGUGGCAAACGCACUUCGGUGCUGCUGUCAGUUUCCACGAGCAAAUUAUCGACCGCUGCAAGCGAGAAACCAGUCUGUCGGCUGGUUUGAAGGCUGCUCUUCAGGUCAUUAAGUCUGCAUCUGUACCGAUCUAUGUCGAGCUGGGGGCGUUUCAAUUUUAUUCCAGCGUCCUCAUUUUCUGUGACGUUCUCGCAAGCACAGUAACCGGGGAGGUCCCAAAACUAUACGGACAUUAUUCUGAACUUCGGGGAGUUCACGCAGAAGAUGCGGUGUUUCUAGACACCAACGCGAUUACGGGUUGUCAAGCAUGGGCGUUGUUACUGAAGAAAACUGGCACUGCGAGCGGACUAUUCUCAAGGGAUGAGCUCUCAUGUAGAGCCAAUGAGAUUUGCGAACGACGAAAAUUAGGCCUCGACAGGCUUAACCGAACAACACAUUCCUCAAAGAACUCACCCUCAACCCGACCGAGCCGACCAAUUGAGGCAUUGCUGGAGCAGUCGGAAUGCUCGUACGGACUUCGACCAUUUGCGCCGAACAGACUAUUUCAGAUUACACAAAUCUGGUCCGGCGCUGGCCAUAUCUAUCUUCUCAUCAUCGUCCACGGUUGGCAGCCCAAGAAGCUUGAGAUUCAACACAGCGUUUCCAACUGUAUUGAGCUUUUGCAGGAGGUGUCCUCGCCAAGCUGGUUACGUUCACUCCUCUGGCCGCUUUGUAUUGUUGGUUGUCUAGCACCCGAAGAGAAACGGUCGAUUAUCCAAGAAAGAUUCUCUUUUCUUGGGGCUCUUGGAAAUCUUGGGACUGUUAGAGAGACAAUGCAGAUCAUUCAGGCUGUCUGGGCUCGAGAGGAUCUAGCAGCCGAUACCUGGGAUGUCGCCGCGUGCCUGAGAAUUUUGGGUCACAAUUCGUUAUUGAUCUAA